AUGUACCCGGUUCACUGGCUACUGACACCGCUGAUCCGCUUCCUGUGGAUGCCAGCUGAUUCGGUUCUGAAGGCUCCAGAGGUUGCCCUCGGCCUGCCGAUCACAAAGGCGAUAGAUGUUUGGGGAGUAGGCUGCAUCCUAGCCUUCCUCUUUCUUGCUGAGAACCUCUUCCCAGUUAAUUGUGACAAUCAAAUGAUGAGGUGCAUGGUGGAGGUUUUGGGUCAGCCAGAGGACAAUCAGCUCCGUGCUGGCAGGUACACUCAUUUAUUUUUCACUGAGGAGGAGGCUGCUGGUGGUCCAAAAUGGAGACUUCUGACUCAUGAGGAAUACACAGCUGUGAGCGGAAUUGAAGCACAAGAUCGUUACAGCUGCAUUGAUCUGCUGAGCUCUCUGGAUGCUCUGGUGAAUUUUUAUCCAGAUGAAGGCCCUGCAGAAUCUGAGGAUAGGAGGGCUUUUUUGGACCUCAUGAAAGGUCUGCUGCACCUCAACAGGUCCCAAAGAGUCACACCCUAUCAAGCUCUGCAGCAUCAAUUCAUCACAAUGACCCACCUGACCCAGCACCCAGACUACCUGAGAGACUCACAAGUCAUGAUGAGUAUCUGCCAAGAUCCUGGGUCCUAUGGUGCAGACAUGCCUAUUGAAUCCAGAGGUACAGCUCCAAACCUCGGGUCAUUUUAUGGAGGCGAUGACACCAGCAGCAGCCACUGACCCCUGUGAUAAAGAUCCAGACUCCUGGCAUUCGGGUGGAGAUCCACCUCCUCUCUGGGCUGUAGACGGCUCGGAGGUGACCUCUCUCUCCAGUGACGGGGACACAGAGUCUCUGCUUUCAGAGGGAGAAAUACGCUCUCACCUCUGGGAUUAUGAAGACUACUGGUCCUCUGACGGAGAACAAACCUCCUUUCACAGGGAUGCAGCUACCUAGAACUCUGAUGGAGGUCUACCUCCCCUCUCUGCUCAAACAGCGAGAAACCAGGUGAUGAAGUUGCACUAACAGACUCCCCCGCUGAGACCACAGCUCCCUCUGGUGGCAAAAAGAAGAGGCCGAAGUGGAUUUACAGAAUCUUCAGGAGAAUCGCAGGUUUUGUUGCUCGUGC